UUGUACGCUCUGAACGUACGCUGCUGCGAGCGCCUUGAUGGCGCAGAGGCACGCAGAGCAAUCGACUGUGGUGAAAGAGAUGGCCGAAUCAGAAGCUUUUUCAGCUUUUUGUGGCUUUCAAACAAGCGAGCGGACGCAAUCAAUGUUUUGAUACAGCAUUCGAAACACUACGGAACGAGUAAAAUGCCAUUCGAACUAUUACUUGAGCUUUAUACUGAUAUGACAGACACUGAAAAAGACUCUGCGCUGCCGUUGGUCCCAAGACUGCUGCGUUGUCAUGGCCACUGUGUGCAGUUAUUGGAAUCAGUAAUAGAAGAGUAUCGAUUUUGGACUGAUUCGGCCUUACCAGUGGAUGUAAAGCACCGACUACAGUAUGAGUUAAUAGAUAGUGUGGCGAAUGCACUUACUGAAAACAAAGCCACUGGAGAUGUUGACACUGCAGUGUGUGCAUCAAUCUUCUCGAGACUGCUUCGAAUGGCACUACCACGACCGCCACAGGACAUUGAACAGUGUGGUAACGUAAAAUGCGUCCUUUGCAAAUAUAAGGACACCUUGGACUUCUUUCGGACCACGUCUCGUAAAUAUUGUACACGAACGAAGGAGGAUAAUUUGGUCUGUACGGCACUGUCAGUCGAAUUCUCUUGCCAUACGGCCCUUGCAUUGGUUAGUAUGCAAGACAAAGAUGCAUACCGUGAAGCUCAUAAGAUAGUUGAGCAAUCAUUUGA